GCUUGUACGCACAACGCAGCGUGCGUGCGCCACAAUUUCCCUGUAGCCUGCCUGCCUGCAGCCUGCCUGCACCGCAGUGAUACUCGUCCUGCAGCGUCCUGUCCUGGCUGGCCACCACCACCCACCCACCCCCACUGCCUGGCGCAGUCACCCCGGAAUCGAGCGCGCGCGCGCGCGCGCCUCGACCGCACCCCGCUCUCGUCUCGGCCUCACCCCGCCCCCCCCGCGCGCCGCCCGCCGUCGACACCCCCCGCUCGACCCCCCUCGGCCACCGGCUUCUGCGCGCCAACGCGGACGCGGCGGCCCGAGCGCACACACACCGCUCGACCCCUUUGACUCGACCCCCACCAUCACUUGUCUUCUGGCUCACACCACAUACACGACACAACACGACGGCCAGCUCCAACCCGCCUCAGCCCGACACGCGGCCACUUAACCACCACACGCGCACCUCCCUCUCCCCCACGCCAUGAGCUACUUUGCGCUCUCCGACUGGGCGCGCCGCGGCUCGUCCUCCCUCGCCACCGUGGGCCACUACCUCCCUAUCCCGCCGUCGCCGUUCUCGUCGGAAUCGUCCGCAUCGCGGCCAUCACAGGACGACGACGAUGACGAUGACGACCAUCUCGACGACCACCACUUGACCAAGGUCGAGGCAAAGCUCCACUCGGGCUACUUGGCGCCAAGCAGCCCGCGCGGCCAGUACCUCGCCAUCGACGGCGACCGGCCACCACGCCUGCACUCGCGCUCGCCGUCGAGCUCGUCCGCGGGGUCCUCGUCGGCCGGCAGCACCCGGCCCCGGUCUUGGCUCGCGCGCCGAGACCCCGUCCUCAUAUUCGUCGUCCUCCUCUCAAUAGCAACGUUCGUGGCGUUACUCGUCGCCUUCCCGUUCCCAACGACGGUGCACGCCUUUGCCGCUAUUUUCGUCGGUGUCACUGCUUGGACGCAGAUCAGUUGUCUGCGCAUCGUCUUCGCGUUGGCGCUCGUGGCGUGGCGCGGGAACCCCAAGGCCCUCGCAAAGGGCCUCCCGCGCUGGUCGACCGCCCAGUACUCGUUCUUACUCGUGCUGUCGACAUUCGUCCUCUACUGCCUUUCACUCGGCCUCGUCCCUCCGCUCAACGAGUUGCCGCCGUUGGACCGCGACUUGGCUGGCGCCCCACCUGGCAAGUACUUUAUUGCCGCAAACCUUUACAACAACGAGGACCUCGUGCCCCAUUGGUCGGACCAGGUCGUCAAGCUUGCUGAGCAUCUCGGGCCAAGCAAUACAUUUGUGUCGAUUUACGAGUCCAACUCCAAGGAUAAGACGCCCGAGCUGCUUGCCGAUCUCGCGACGCGUCUCACUCACCUCGGCGUCCCCAACCGCGUCAUUUCCGAAAAGACUGCGCGUUGGUGGGCUUACGGCACGUCGCCAGAACGUAUCGGCUUCCUUUCGGCUGCGCGAAACAAGGCCAUUGAACCGCUGCAGAGCCCAGAUGUCGAGCUCCGCCUGCCCGACUACCACGAGUUCACCAAGAUCGUCUUCCUCAAUGACAUCUUCUUUUCGUGGCAGAGCGCCGUGAGGCUGUUGACAACGUCCCUGGACGGCAAGCCAGGCGAGGACGGGUACGACCUUGCGUGCGGAAUGGACUUCAACGGUGCUGGAUUGUACGACACCUGGGUUGCUCGCGAUAUCUGCGGCACGCCCAUGAGGACUUUUUGGCCAUAUGUCAAGGAUCCCGUCAGUGUGGCACGUCUGCGUCAGAAUGUUCCGAUGGAAGUGUCGGCUUGCUGGAACGGCAUGGUUGCCUUCCCGGCGGCUCCGUACCUCUUCACACCGACCUCUGCUGCUCAGUCGACUGCAGACGAACGCAACGCUGCUGCCAGCCCCGGGCUGGCCAAGCGUGGCUGGAAGAUGGUGGACAAUGCUACCUAUGUCGGCGGACGAAUGUCCCCUCCUCUGCCCUCUCCGAUCCAGUUCCGUAUCUCGGGUGUCGACGCGUGUGACCACUCCGAGUGCUUCCUGUUCUCGCUCGACCUUCACCGCCUAUACAGCAGCACGGACCGCCGUCCGCGCAUCUUGAUGAACCCCGACGUCCGAACGGGCUACUCGGUCAAAUGGUGGAAGUGGAACGAUGUGGUCCUCCGUAUCCCGGUGCUCAAGUUUUGGAAUGACCACUGGAGCCGCGGAUACCCACUCAACAUUGUCGACUUCAUCUUUGAAAAGGCGGGUCGCAAGCGUGACUACUGCACCUGGUCUGCGCUGGCCACGCACGCACCGUCAAGAUGUCCCCCAUUGCCUGGAGCAAUUGAGCGACCUUGGAACGUGGCCGGAUGAUGUUGGAUGAUGAGCAUCUCUUUGGAAAUUACAAGCCUUUUAAUGAUCGGGGGAGCGGGAGUGAGUGACACAACCCCCCUGCCCCUGAGUGUACCAGUAUCAACCUCCUCGAGUUAGGAGCUCAGUGUCGUGUCGUCCAGUGUCGUCUUUG